UUUCUCUCAAUCUCUCUUCAAAAAGAAGAAGAAGAAGAAGGAAAAGUUCCUCUCAAUCUCUGCCAAAGAGCUUCAAAAAGAGAGGAUACAGAAUGUUCUUCUAAAAAUAAUUAAAGCCCAAUAAUCAAUUACCUAUAAUUUCUUUAUGUUCAAAAAAAAAAAAGAAAGAAAAACAGAGCAGGAGAGAGAAAAACAGAGAGAGAGAGAGAGAGAGAGAGAGAGUGCGUGUGUGUGAGUGAGUGAGGGAGUGAGUGAGUGAGGAGUUUGUGGGAGAUGGGAGGGGUGACGUCGUCAAUGGCGGCAAAGUUCGCUUUCUUUCCGCCGAACCCACCAUCGUAUAAGCUGAUAACCGACGACCUCACCGGGCUCUUGUUGCUCAGCCCUUAUCCCCACCGCGAGAACGUUGAAAUCCUGAAGCUGCCGACUCGGAGAGGGACGGAGAUUGUGGCGGUCUACGUGAGGCAUCCGAUGGCCACCUCCACUCUACUUUACUCGCAUGGUAACGCCGCCGAUCUGGGUCAGAUGUAUGAGCUCUUCAUCGAAUUGAGCAUUCACUUGCGAGUUAAUCUCAUGGGGUACGAUUAUUCGGGAUAUGGACAAUCAACUGGAAAGCCGAGUGAGCAAAAUACAUAUGCAGAUAUUGAAGCUGCAUAUAAGUGUCUUGAAGAGAGUUAUGGAGCGAAACAGGAAGAUAUCAUCCUUUACGGCCAAUCUGUGGGAAGUGGCCCUACUUUGGAUCUUGCUGCUCGGCUGCCUCAGUUGAGAGCUGUUGUUCUCCAUAGUCCUAUACUUUCCGGGUUAAGAGUCAUGUAUCCAGUGAAGCGUACAUACUGGUUCGACAUUUAUAAGAAUAUUGACAAAAUUCCGCUUGUUAGUUGUCCCGUGCUUAUUAUCCACGGCACUUCAGAUGAAGUAGUUGAUUGCUCCCAUGGCAAGCAACUCUGGGAACUGUGCAAAGAGAAGUAUGAACCACUUUGGCUUAAAGGAGGCAACCACUGUGAUUUAGAGCAUUACCCUGAGUAUAUCAGGCAUCUCAAGAAGUUUAUAUCAACAGUAGAGAAAUCUCCAUCCCAAAGAUACAGUUCUAGGAGAAGCACAGAUCAAUUUGAGCAACCUCGGAAGAGCACAGAUGUGUUUGAGGUUUCAAGGAAGAGUACUGACCGGAGAGAAAAACCGCGGAAGAGCACUGAUAGACCUGAAAAACUAAAAAGCCACUCUAAUACUAUUGAUAAACUAGAAAAAUUGAGAAUAUUUGAUCAAAUGGAAAGAUCCCGGAGGAGUGUUGAUUGCCAUGAGAAGUCCCGGAAAAGCAUCGAUCACCAAUUGGAAAGGGCAAGGAAGAGUGUUGAUCGGUUGGAAAGAAUACGAACAGGGUAAUAGUAAUUACAUGAAAAAAGAAAAAACUGCACAAUUUUAUGCACGUGGAAUUUUUUUUUUUGUCCUUUUAAUUUAUUGUGGUUUGCUGGCUCUCUAGUUGGCUUGUGAUAUCCCUGUAAAAACUAUGGCAUGAAAUGAGAAAGGUUUUGGUGUUAUAGUGACUA